CUGUAAUUGAUUUUAUAUAACUAUGUCACAUUAAAUAUAUUUCAUAGAUGAUUUAUUAUGUUAAAAGUGAAAUUGGUUGUAUUAUUCGUUUUGAUCCUUGUUCCAAUUUUAACUGACGCGAGUUAUUGUGAAAUAUGUGUAAACCACACUCUUUGCCAAUAUCCUAUUUCAGGACCGAGCAAAACAUGCAUCGAGUACGACGUUGCUGCCCUCCUUACAAGAGGCGAUAUUUCCGAUAUUGUGCACAGAAUAAACGACCGGCGGAAUUUCAUCGCAUUGGGCCUGUCGAAUCGGCUACCACAAGCGGCGAACAUGCGGAAAAUUAAUUGGUCUAAAGAACUAGCCACAAUAGCCCAACGAUGGGUUGACCAGUGCGAUCCUUCGAUCAACCCAGACAAAUGGGAUAGCUGUCGAGAUUUGGCGGACGUUGCAGUAGGUCAAAAUGUUGCCACAAUUAUCGGUCCAGCUCCAGGCCUCAGCGUCAAGAGCUUUAUUGACAUGUGGCUCAUGCAGAAGCUGGACUACACCGGCAGUGUUUCUUACUAUAACCAGUCCAGGGAUGCAAAAUCUGGUUACCUUACUCAAUUAAUUUGGGCUGCAACGGACUCCGUCGGAUGCGGGAGGGCGAAGUUUUACAUAGAAGACAAAAACAUUGUAGUCGAGAGACUCAUAUGUAAUUUUGCGCCAAGAGGAAACCUUCAAGGUAAACCUGUCUAUGCCGUAGGUUUUGCGGCAACACAAUGUCCAGAAAGUCUUUUUCCAGACUAUACAAUGAAAGGUCUUUGUACUGUACGCAAACAAACAACAGGCAAUUUCAAACAUAGAAGUUCUACCGCAACUAGCUUCUUAAGAGUGAUUAACUUAUCCAAUGAGUCAGUAAAACAAGAAAUAGAUCCACUCAAAAAUAACAUGAAGCAAGUAAAAUUGCAUGGACCCAGUGAUCAAAGAAACCAGAAAAUUAGACAUGUACUUAUGAACAAUGUGAACAAUUCACAUGGUAAAUCUGACAAGCCACUUUUCCCUCCACGCCGUAUUCCGUGGAAUAUUCAAACCAGUAGUCCAGGAAAUACACCAGUUGAACAAUAUGAAACAGAAAAAGGACACUCUAAAGUUUACCAUGGUUAUGAUAAAGACAAUUUUAUACCACGAAUUACGCAAAGUAGCAAUCAAGAGUUCCGAAGGUAUGAUUUCACAACGGAAGCAUAUGUAGCAACAUACGCUACCAGCGAUUUAAGGAGACAUGGAAUUCCGGAUCCGUUAAAUUCAUGCUCCCGGCGACCGAACUGCAAUGGUUGUGUUGACAACAGUUGCGGCAAUAGCUGCCGUACUCCCGGCUGCAACAAUGGUUGCAUCUCUAACAGAUGCACUAGAGGCCAAAGAAAGGAGUGUUGUCAUGAAAAUCAACCAUGUGCACAUGGAGGGGCGCAAAUGAUGUGUCGUCAUGACUCAUACCCCUAUACUCCACUUCCCUGCCCUCCUAUAUGUCCACCAGCUUGUCCUCCGGCCCCUUAUCCAUGUUGCGAAACUACCUAUUGCAAUAGUCAUACAACUUGCUGUCCUAAGAUUGGUAGACGAGACCAAAGUGAGGGUAAUAUAGGUGAGACCAGAAAAUCAGGCGAGCUGCAUUACUAUGACCUUUUGCCAAAUCUAGCUGUUCGGAGUGGUGAUGCAGAGAUAGAAAGAUCUUUGUUACCAAAAAAAAAAUUGAAUGUACUUUGGCCCAGUAUAACCCAAAACGUACUAAGUACACUUAAAGCACAUAAAAAAAAAGAAUAUCAUGAAAGUAAUGAUGAGGUAAAAACUCAAUUUGAGCACCCAAAAUACAUAAGUGAUGGAGCCGAUUUCUUAUACGGUUCGUUUGAUUACAGCGACAGAGUCAGACGAGAACCUGAAGAUCAUGUGACUUUCAAACCAUUUUGGCAACUAGAUGAGUACAGUAACUUGAAACCCUCACAAUUAAAAUCAUUACAUUACACAACGUUAAAGAAAAAUAGAAAAAAAUGGCCAGUGUCUGUCACCACUCAGACAGAAUCAAUUACUAUUAAACUUGAAAAUAGUGAAAUAGAAGUAGAUGACGACGAAGAAAACGAAGUAACAGAAAAAUACUUAUCUUUUGAUGAAUUAAUGCACUUAAGAAAAAUAAAUGCAGGUGGAUAUGAUGCACGACGAGAUAAGAAAAAGCCAGAUAAGAAAAAAUCACAAAAGAAAAAGCCAGAUAAACAAAAGCUAAAAGAUAAAAAUGCCAAGACUACAAAAAAAACCAAGACUACAAAAAAAGCCAAGCCUACAAAAAAAGCCAAGACUACAAAAAAAGACAAGACUACAAAAAAAGCCAAGACUACAAAAAUAGCCAAGACCACAAAAAAAGCCAAAGUCACUACAGCUAAGGUAAAAACAACGACACCGCAGACAGACAAACUUAAAGUGGAUGAGGAUAAGGAUAAAAAAAAAGAAACAGAAAAUAAAAACGACAAAAAGGAGACAACAAAAGCAACUAAACUACAACCGACUGCAGCAAGUCUACCAUUAAAUUACACAACAAAUACACCAUUUCAGCGAAAAAAACAUUGCACGCGACAACUUACAUGUACUUGGACAGUAGCUACCGUUACUGCAAGUGAUGGAAGUGUUGUGAUAGGUGGCGGUGGUGCCGUUCAUGGUUCUCGAACACCACCUGGAUAUGUGGAGGGAUGUACGCGUACAUCCACUUGUACCCGAGACUUCCAAAAUAGAAAUAAAUACAUGACACCAGAAAACGAAGAAACAAAUAGAGGGGAUGGGGGAGGUAACGAUGAUGGUGAUGAUAGCAAUGACGAAGGAGAUUACUGCGAUCGACGUGCCCUUGAUGUAAAAUUACGAAAUUUUGAAGGAGAGCCCGAACAUAACCACGGAAGUCCUGAAACACACACCGUUCCAGCAACCACUCCACCAUACCAUAAUCCUGGUACUACACCAAUGUGUAAAACAGAUAAACUUGGAAGUGGUCCUACGGAUCACUGUGAUUGUAAUGAAGAAAAUAUUAGACCAAAAAGGCAUCUUAGUAGUGAUCAAAUUAACAUAAAUAGUCACGGAUGUCACGCUAAUUGUGAUAUUCGCAAUACAAAUCAACAAGAUCAGUUACUAUCUUACGGUGAACUGUAUUACUUAGUCCUAAGCAAAAUUAUGAAAACUUGGGGUGAAAUUGAGAACUCUAAGCAUUCUGAAAAUUGUGAAUGCAGUGGCAGUACAACCUUAUCAGUUUGCUAUCUUGGACUUGCGCUUAUUAUUAUAUUUAACGCGAUGCAGUAGUUGAAUUUUAUUUUACUUGACCAACAUUUUUAUUAUACUUAUAUACAUUAAUUAAAUUAAAAUUUGAUCAAUAAAUGUACAUCCAUUAUC